AUGGAUAUUCUUCGACCAGUGAGAGUUUGUGGAAAGCUAUUCGUGCGGCAAUACGCUGCGAAAUCGAUGAAGAACGAAAGACCUAGAAAGGCUUUCAAAUUGGCAGCUUCUGUGGGAUCUAAAAAGGUUGGUCGUGCCAAGAAAGGCGUUAAAAAUAACUCUAAAGAGCCCUCGACGUUUCAUUUUGGCAAUUUUGGAGGUUUGAAAGACACGAAUGCAGCAGAAGUUGAGAAGAGUGGACGACUAAUAUCUAAGAUCACUGAUUUUGACCAAUUGAAAAUUCUGCCGCUUGUUAGAACAACAAUAAAGCAAAUUAUCGCUAAUGAGUCUCUGCAUAGGAGCCCACAGAUUGUUCCGUCUCCGAUUCAGAUUGUUACCAUAAAAAAACUGGCGGCAAGUCUGAUGGAUCCCAAGCUACAAGUUCACGCUAUUGCAGCAGAAACUGGUUCUGGUAAAACUAUGGCAUAUUUGGUACCUCUACUAGACUAUUUGAAGAGACAAGAAAUUGAAACUGUCGAGCUGUGGGAAACUUUGCGCACUAAAGCAAUAAUAAGAUCUGUGAUUCUUGUACCAACUCAUGAGCUGGUCGAUCAAGUUUAUAGAACAGUAUCAAAAACUGAGGCUUCUUUGGGAUUGAACACUUACAAGUGGGGCGCUGGUUCUCCUUACACGGAAUUUUUGGAUAAAGUCAAGAAUAGAAUUGAUAUCCUUGUGACGACUCCAGCCAAACUUCUUUCAUUGUUCAACAUACGAAUGAUAAGCAGAGCAGACAGGCUGUUAUCUCAGGUUAAGUUUGUGGUACUUGAUGAAGCAGAUACUCUGAUGGAUCAAUCAUGGGUUGAGGAUACACACCACGCUAUUCGAAAAAUGCCCAAUGCAAGUCACAUAGUCUUUUGUUCGGCCACGAUACCGAACGAGUUCAACAAGACACUUGACAGACUAUUCCCCACUGUGGUUCCAAUAACUACUCCUAGGUUACACAAGCUACCUAGUGGUCUAGAGUUCAAGAUGAUCGAUGCUUCAUUGAGUCCAUACAAGGGUUCAAAGAUGAAAGCUCUAGCACAAGCGCUCUAUGCAAUUGUUAACGAUGGUUCGGAGGCAGACUAUGAGAAAAGAUGUGUGGUAUUUGUGAAUGAAAAGAAAGACGUACCAAAAGUAGCGGAGAAGCUACGUAUCACUUAUGGUCAUGACUGUGUGGGCCUUACCGGUAGUGAUUCGGCUGAAGAAAGAGCUGCAAGUAUGGAAGCUUUUUUGAAUCCGCCAAAACUUUUGAAGAGUUUGGACGCUAGCGCACCGAUACAAAAAGCGGCCGAGAAGGUGAGGAUUCCGGACUCCAAUCUGACCAUCUUAUCUGAGCAAGAAGAUCAAGCCGAAAAGCCGAUGUCUCGACUAAAGGUUCUUGUAACUACAGAUCUGAUGGCUAGAGGAUUGAAUUUCCAGGGAGUAAGAAAUGUUAUCUUGUAUGACGUCCCAAAGACUUCUAUUGACCUUGUCCACCGAGCGGGUAGAACCGGUAGAAUGAAACAGGGCGGCAGAGUGUUUAUGCUUGUGGAGAAGUCUACCAAGUCAUGGGCUAGAGCCAUUCCAAAGAUCGUCAAGAGAAAUGUUGCACUGUCGUAA